AUGUCGAAGAAAGCUCUCGAUGAGGGAACAGGACUGACGCAAGAGGGCUUUAGCGAUGCUGCUGCUGCUUAUAUCAGCGGCUCGCUGCUUGAGGCAGGUUCAGACACAACGGCAGGAACUCUUUAUGGUUUCAUACAGGCCAUUCUCAUCUGGCCAGAGGUGCAGAGAAAGGCACAGGAGGAGAUCGAUCGCGUGAUUGGCCGUGAUCGCCUCCCCACUAUCGAUGACUACCAGCACCUGCCUUACAUCCGCUGCUGCAUCAAGGAGAGCCUGCGGUGGAUGCCGACUGUCUUCCUUGGCGUACCUCACGCAGCAGUUAAGGAUGACGUUUACAUGGGUUAUAGCAUACCAAAAGGCGCGACUGUAAUUAAUAAUGUGUGGUAA